CUCGUUGACAUAUAGCUCCACCCCUUUGCCCUGACGGUUUGGAGCUGCUUGGACUGAGUAAUAAAUUAAUUGUUAGCUAGCGACCUGUAGCAAUCGCCUUACCAAAUAUUGACUAUUCAUUAUCGGAAAUAAGGUUUACUCCUGUCUGUGGUAUGAAAAGGUAGCUUUGGCCAUCUCGCCUGAAGUUGUGAUCAAAUCAGAAAGCUGAAGCAUGGAUUCGCCUCAUGACGACUAUUCUCCACUCAAACGCUUUGUAGUGGCCAAGAAAAAGAUAAGUGAUGUGUUUGAUCAACUGCUGGAGUAUGUGAAGGAAGGUUCUGUGUUUGUAGAAGAAACUUGUCGGAAUGAUGCCUUAGAGAACAUUGCAAGUCUGGAGCAACAGGAGCAGAUUCGGGCGUAUGCUGGCAAACUGCAAACUAUAAAAGAUGUGCUGGCACGCAGACACAUGAAGGUGGCCUUCUUUGGCAGGACGAGUAAUGGGAAGAGUACAGUAGUGAAUGCCAUGCUGAGGGACCGGGUGCUGCCCAGUGGCAUGGGUCACACCACCAACUGCUUCCUGAGUGUGGAGGGCACGGACUCGAACAAUGCCUACCUCAAGACGGAGGGCUCAGAGGAGGAGAAGAGCAUCAAGACUGUGAACCAGCUGGGUCAUGCGCUCCACAUGGACCAGAGUCUGGAUGCAGGCUGCCUGGUCCGAGUCUUCUGGCCCAAGACCAAGUGUGCCCUGCUCCGAGACGACCUGGUCCUUGUAGACAGCCCUGGGACAGAUGUCACCACGCAGCUGGACAGCUGGAUCGACAAGUUCUGCCUGGACGCUGACGUCUUUGUGCUGGUGGCCAACUCUGAAUCAACCCUCAUGAACACGGAGAAGCAUUUCUUCCACAAGGUGAACGAGAAGCUCUCCAAACCCAACAUCUUCAUUCUCAACAACCGCUGGGACGCCUCAGCCAAUGAGCCGGAGUACAUGGAGGAUGUUCGAAAGCAGCACACGGACCGCUGCGUCAACUUCCUGGUGGAGGAGCUGAAGGUGCUGGACCGGGAGCAGGCGCCCAACCACAUCUUCUUUGUGUCAGCCAAGGAGGUGCUUAACUCCCGCAUGCAGCGCGCCCAGGGUAUGCCAGAGUCUGGUGGAGCUUUAGCCGAAGGUUUCCAGGAGAGGCUCAAGGAGUUCCAGAGUUUCGAGAGAAUAUUUGAGGAGUGUAUCUCGCAGUCAGCAGUGAAAACAAAGUUUGAGCAGCACACUAUCAGGGCCAAGCAGAUCACUGAAACGGUCAAAGCCAUCAUGGACGCCAUCAACAUCAAGGCAGCAGAGAAGAGAGUGGCCUCAUUGGAGGACCGUGAGUACCAGAUGGACCGUUUGGCGUUUGUGACGAACCAGCUCCAGCUGCUCAUAGAAGACAUCAAGAAGAAGAUCAAGGCUGUCACAGUGGAGGUGGAGAGCAAGGUGUCCAGUGCCAUGGGUGAAGAGAUCUGUCGUCUCAACGUGCUCAUUGAGGAGUUCCACUCGGACUUCCACCCCUCGCCCCACAUCCUCAAGCUCUACAAAUCAGAGCUGCUGAGCCACAUCGAGGAGGGCAUGGGUAAGAACCUGGCCUUCCGCUGCUCCAAUGCUGUCAACGCCUCCGUGCAGUCCUCCCAGAGAGACAUGAUCGAGAGUCUGCAGCCUCUGCUGCCCCCUGCUGUUCAGAACCAGAUACAGAUGCUGGUGCCCUGUCACAAGUUUGACCUGAGCUACGACCUGAACUGUGCCACGCUCUGCUCGGGCUUCCAGGAAAACAUAGAGUUCCAGUUCUCGAUGGGUUGGACGGCGCUGGUCAACCGCUUCCUGGGUCCCACCAACGCCAAUCGGGCCCUCAUGCUGGUCGACCAGAACUUCCCGAUGACGCGCUCCCUGUCCACCACACCCUCCAGCGGACCCUCCAGUGUGGCCGUUGCCCAGCCCCAGGACGCCACGCUCUCCCAGGAGGACCUGAUGAUGUCCAUGGCCACCAACGUGGCCUCCCUCGCCUCCCGCACGUCCAUGAGUAUGGUCAUCGUCGGAGGAGUGGUGUGGCGGACGGUGGGCUGGCGGCUCAUAGCCCUGUCGGCCUCCAUGUACGGCCUGCUCUACCUGUGGGAGAAGCUCACGUGGACCACCAAGGCCAAGGAGCGUGCCCUGAAGCGCCAGUUUGUGGACUACGCUACAGAGAAGCUGCAGCUGAUUGUCAGCUUCACCAGUGCCAACUGCAGCCACCAGGUCCAGCAGGAGAUGGCCACGACCUUUGCUCGGCUGUGUCAGCAGGUUGACCUGACAAAGAGGGAGUUGGAGGGAGAAAUCAGCCGACUGAGCGCCAAGGUCCAGACUCUGGAGACCGUCCAGUGUCGCUCCAAGAUCCUCCGGCACAAAGCCACAGAGUUGGAGAGGCAGUUGGAGACUUUUACAGACCAAUAUCUGAAUCCCCAUCAUUGAUGGACUGGUCCUCUUCACUGGAGCUUGUCUUGGCAUUGAUUCGCCAUGCCUGGACUCCCCCUCAAUAGUAUUCCUCCUGGAAUUUCCACACCUCAAAACAGAUGUUUCUCCAAGAGAUUUGUGGAAGUGUCCAGUCCUCCACACACAUUGAAGGACUUUGCAGAGAACAAACUGCCUGUUUGUUGAACUAACACAACUGCCUGUAUUAAAUUCAAACUGAAUCAGUUGUGUGAAUACAGUUCCAAAGUUGGAGACAAAACCUGGGCGCUGUAUCCUGUACAUUGUUUUCUACUGCUCUUUUAACUGAAUAUGCCUUUUACUCAUGAAGUAAAUGUGUGUUUAGACAAAUGUAGGCAUGUGAUUUUCAUUCAGUGCUGAAUUUGUUCUGGUUCACCCUUGGUACUGGUACCCCCAUUGUAUAUAAAAAGACAAUUUGGAAAGUAUUCAGACAGCCUUAUUCUUUUGCUUAUCUACACACAAUACCCCAUCAAGGCAAAGGGUGGCUACUUCGAAGAAUCUCAUUUUAAUUUGGUUACAAGAUUUCAUAGUUUUGAUGUCUUCACUAUUAUUCAACGUAGAAAAAUAGUAAAAAUAAAGAAACCUUUGAAUAAGUAGGUUUUUUUUGUACAUUUAUUUUUUACAAUGGGCCAACCAGAACAAAUUAAGCUCUGAAUGGAAAUCACAUGCCUAAACACUCAAAUUUACUUCAGGAGUUAGUGAAAGGCAGAUGCAGUUUGAGGGACCUAUUUGAAUUCAGCAAAUACCUUUUCAGAUUCAACAACUUGAGUCAUGUCUGAGGAAAUAGUGUAGAUAAUCUUAACUAGAAGCAUUUUGUAGUUCCUCUGCUGUUUCUACUAAUUUGACCUGUCAAGAUGGAACAAUCUCCACUUUGUUAAAAAAAUAAAAUAAAAAAUAAAAAGUUCUUGAAUAAAUGUAAAUACCACUUACAGAAUUGAUUAAAAUAUGCUAUGUAA